UUUAAUUUGUCAAAGUGUACACAUUUUCUUCAAUAAGGUGCCGUCUCUUUCCAACUCCUUUAUCACUCGUUUCGACUCCAUAUAUUACAUAAAUUCGAGUUUCCAAAAUUUUGUUUCAUCACCAGAUUUCUCGAUCAAACCCUCCUCUAAAACAAGAAGAAAGGUCUACAAAAUGAGAUAUGAUGAUCAGAUCAUUAUAAUUUAUGAUUUUCUUUUAGCCUUUCUUUCAAUAUCAAUUAUAAUUCUUGUAGUCCUCUUACUUAUUUUCUGCAAGAAGAAGCCAAUUAAAGCUGAAGAAACUCUCCGGCCUGCAAAACGUUUUGCAUGUUCUUAUUCAUUAAUGGAAAUUGACGCUGCCACGGAACGUUUCAAUGACCGCAGAGUCAUCGGAAAAGGCCACCUCGGAACCGUAUACGCGGCUGUGAUGCCGCCUAAUGGAGAAAUAGUGGCAGUGAAAAGGAUUCAUCCGUGGCUGGUGUUGAAUAAUCCAGGUUUUGGAUUCUCUUCAAAAUUAAAAUGGCUUUCUUUAGCAGAAAACCCCCAUUUAGUACCUGUCCUAGGAUUCUCCGAGGCACCCGGAGAACGAAUUAUAGUAAUGGAAUUUGGAGGUAUGUUGAGUUUGGAUUUCUAUUUGCAUCAAAAUUCCGAUGGAGCGGCGCUUAUGGAUUGGCAACGGAGGUUAAGGAUCGCGGCUGGGGUGGCUCGGGGGAUCGAGUACUUGCAUGAAGUGGUGGCGCCACCUAUAAUUCAUGGUUGCAUAAAGCCAUCAAAUAUAUUGAUUGAUGAAAAGUUUCGUGCCAAAAUAAGUGAUUAUGGGCUAUAUUUCAUGGCAGCUCGUGAAAGGCAAGGCCUUGUGGGGUACGUGGAUGAAGAGUAUUGGUUGGAAAAAAGAGGGGCUUCAAAGGAAAGUGAUAUCUAUGGAUUUGGUGUGGUUUUGUUGGAGCUUUUGAGUGGUAAAAAAAGUGAACAAGGGUUGCUUGUGAAAUGGGCAAUCCCUUUGAUAAAAGGGAUGAAAUUUAGUGAUUUAUUGGACCCUAGACUUGCAAUUCCUUGUGAUAUUAAGCCUCUUGUUAGAUUAGCUAGGGUUGCUUUGGCUUGUGUUGGGAAUUCUAGGAAAAGUAGGGUUUCAAUUGUUCAAGUUGCAACAAUUUUGAACAAUUUAGAGAUUGAGUUAUAAGUUUUUGAGAAAUGAUUUUGUUGUGUAUACCAAUUGGAAAAAUUGGAUUUCCAUCAUUUGUUGAUAACACGUUUAGAAAUUCAAAAUUGUUUAUUUAUGCUUGUAUUUGUAAUAAUUUCUCAAAACGAGAGAUUGUUAAUGACAUGAUCAAUGAAUUAACGAAGUUAGAAUUGUGGUU